AUGGCGGGCGGCAAUGCAAAGAAGAUGGUAGGUGCAGCAAGGGAUUCCAGCAGUAGCAGUGACGACGAAGAGGAGCUGAAAAGAUGUGAAGAAGCUGUUUGGGAUUCACGAAAAAGUGGGACCAGUGGAAAUGGCAAUACAAAACAGUCAAAACGUGUUAUAGUUGUUGACCAUGAACAUGAUGGCAACGAGCUGCAGGUCACUCAGGGGUUUCAAACUCAUGUUGCCAAAAAGCUGGGACAACUUCUUGACAGUCGCUUUACAGAAAUUGAAACUGACAUCUCAAACUGUAAAACACCAGCACAGUGUGAAGAUGAAGGAUUUCUUUUGUUCUCUACAUCUGUGCCAGGACAGGCAGCAGAUGAUCCCCCUCCUGCUGUACGACGACGGCCUAUACCUAGCUCAAGCGACAGCGACAGCGAGAUGGACACAAGGCUGAAGGAAGCAGCUGUUUCGUUGAAAGAUCUUUUACCCUCAUCGUCACUCGUUGCCUUACCAACACCAAAAGCAAUUCCCCAUUCAGAAAAGAAAGAAUCAUCUGAGACAGAAGUGGCCAAUGUUGCUAAGAAGAAGAAAAAGAAAAAGAGGAAGCAGGCAGAAGAUACAGAGAGCAAGCAUGUGGACUGUGAAGAAUCGCCUUGCGCUAAAAACAAUGGUGACCAUGCAGCUUUAAAGCAGGAACAUCACAAAGUCAAACGGAAAAAGAAAAUGUCGAAGUGUGAUGAAUGA